CCAUAUUUUAUACCCACUCGAGAUCCUGGAGCUGGUUGAGUUGGAAGGCAAAAUGAAGAUCCUUAUUCUACUCGUCUGUGUUAGCGCGGCUUUCGCCCAAUCAACGGUUAUUGAUGUUUUGACGCAACAGAGAGACACAACUUUAUUAAGUUUAAUCGAAUCUGCUGGACUCACCGAUGUUCUUAAAGGAAAAGGUCCCUUCACCAUCUUUGCCCCAACUAACAGAGCUAUCAGUAGCCUCAACCCAAAUGUAACUGCCGCACUACAAGCCGACAAAGCCAUGUUGGCUGGUGUUCUCAAAUACCAUGUUGUUGGUGACAAUCUAAGAGCUGCUGAUAUCCUCAUCAACGAAAGACAGGUCACGACUCUUUCCAACCAAAAACUUAGACUCAAUCAUUACCUCUCAACGGGAGCAACCACCGUCAAUGGCGUACAAGUGUCUCGUAUUGACCAUACAGCUAGUAACGGUGUUGUUCAUUCAUUGAAUGGUCUUCUUACUCCACCAGCUGGAACUGUUGUUGAUGUUGUUAAAGCAAACCCUCAACUCAGUACCUUGUUGGCUGCGGUUACUGCUGCUGGCCUCGAUGGCUUCCUUGCCGAUCAAAACCCAAUCACAGUUUUCGCUCCCACCAACGAUGCUUUCAAUAAGCUUGGUGCAGAUGUUGUUUCAAAAAUCUUGGCCGAUAAAGAUCUUUUAAAAACCAUUUUGACUUACCAUGUUACGCCCGGAACACUCUACUCUGCUGGAUACCAUAGUGCCUAUCUCCAUACCUUUGAUGAAGCUGAUAAAGCUCGCCUCCACAAAUUUUUCGUCUUCGGUUAUGAAGUUGAUUCUGCUUCAGUUCAGACUACUGACAUAUCUGCCAGUAAUGGAGUUAUUCAUACCAUCAAAGAUGUUAUGGUUCCUGCCUCCGUCAGUGAUCAAGUAGCUGCUAUUACAGCUUCUGUCACCACAGCUGCCCCCACCGCAGCCCCAACAGCAGCCCCAACUGCUGCUCCCUCUACAUAAAGAGCCGUCGAAUUCUGGUGUAAAUAAAAUCAGCCAUAUUAAAACA